ACCCCAACUUCUCAACGGUCAGGUUGCAUUUCUUUGUUAGUUUGAAAAUAAUUUGACAAAAUUAAGAAAGAGAAUGAUGAUUGAGAUUGUUGGACCCACGGAAAGCAAAUGUCUCAUCCUCUGCCUCUCCUCCGCAUAUCCCGCAGCACUCUGAUGACAGAAAGAAGAAGUGACAAGAAGAAAAUCUUUGACCCUUCCUUUUUCCUCUUUUCUCUUUCCUUUGCCACCUCUCCAAAAAACAAGCUCUGUUCUUUACAAACGCUUUCUCUCUCUCCCUCUCUCUCUCUCUCUCUCUCUCUACUUUUCUGGGCUAUUUCUUUUUUAACCAAGAGCAGUGCGCAAGAUGUUCCAGGGGUGUUUUUAAUCUCACCCCUCCGGCAUUGGCCCAUUUCCCAUCUGGGUCUGUUCGGGUUUCCGCGGCAUCGGAUCCCUUGGAUGGGUUUUAGUGGGACAUGGGUUGUGUAAGCUCCAAAAAGGCAAGGUCGCAAUCACCUGCAUUUGAUGAUGUCUCCUCCUGCUCAGCAAGUGCAGGCCGGAGCAGUAGGCCGGGCCGUCUCGCGUCCUCCGGCUCGGUGCAUGUCCAGGCAGCAUUGGGAUCAUUGGAGAAAAUAAAGGAAGAGCCCGAGAGGGAGAAGGAUGUGGAGGAUGUUGAUGAGGAAUUAAGGAAAAACGGGCUAAACGUUGAUGAUAAUUUGGGGGAUUUGAGGGCCGGAAAGAGAUCAACUUCUCAGAAGAAGUCCGUUUUUAGCAUUAAAUUUGGGAGGCCGGCGGAAGGCGAGCAUGUGACGGCAGGGUGGCCGGCCUGGCUCACUGCUGUGGCUGGUGAAGCCAUUGAGGGAUGGGAGCCAUUGAAAUCAGACGCAUUUGAAAGAUUAGAAAAGAUUGGACAAGGUACAUACAGCACUGUAUACCGUGCACGUGAGCUGAAUACCGGUAAGAUGGUUGCUGUGAAGAAAGUUCGAUUUGACAAUUUUCAACCGGAGAGUGUCAGAUUCAUGGCGCGUGAAAUUCUGAUUCUGCGCAAGCUUGACCAUCCAAAUAUCAUGAAACUGCAGGGUAUCAUUACGUCUCGCUUAUCAUGUAGUAUAUACCUGGUUUUCGAUUACAUGGAACAUGACCUCGCUGGCUUGUUAUCAUGUCCCGACAUAAAAUUCACUGAUUCACAGAUAAAAUGCUAUAUGCAACAGCUAUUGAGUGCAGUAGAGCAUUGCCACUCACGAGGUAUAAUGCAUCGAGAUAUUAAAUCCUCCAAUAUCUUAGUAAAUAACGAAGGAAUUUUGAAGAUAGCGGAUUUUGGUCUCGCUAACUUCACGAGGCCCAAGAACAAGCAACCUCUGACCAGUCGAGUGGUGACGUUAUGGUACAGACCUCCUGAACUCCUUUUGGGGUCGACGAAUUAUGCAGAAUCAGUUGAUCUCUGGAGUGUUGGUUGUGUUUUUGCUGAACUUUUUAUGGGAAGGCCUCUCUUGAAAGCCAGAACUGAGGUAGAACAGUUGCAUAAAAUCUUCAAACUUUGUGGUUCUCCACCAGAUGAUUACUGGAAAAGAUCUAAGCUUCCUCUAGCAGCUAUGUUCAAACCCCAGCAACCUUAUGAAAGUACACUUCGAGAAAGAUGCAAAGAGUUCCCAAAAAGUGCAGUUAGCCUCAUUGAAACGUUCCUUUCCGUCGAACCUCACAAGCGAGGAACUGCUGCUUCUGCUCUGGAAUCUGAGUACUUCACUACAAAACCAUAUGCAUGUGAUCCAUCAAGUUUGCCAAAGUACCCACCCAACAAAGAGAUUGAUGCGAAAAUCCGUGAAGAUGCAAAAAGGAAGAAAAGCAGUGCCAUCACUCGGGCAGAAGGAGGUCCAAGAAAUCCAAGAAGGGCCCGCAAGACUUUGCAAGAAUCAACCGACUUCUGUAAAGUGAUCCCAGCUGAGGAGGUUGACAAUGCACAAGUAGCUCGUAGGAACCACGGUGUCAGCACUAACGCAUAUAGAAAAAAAGGUGGUGUCGAGACUCGGACGUCACUUAAGCCAUCCUACGACACAAAGUCAGAUGCUUCCCAGGGUUCCCAGACAACACAGGUAUCUCAAGGAACCAGCAUUCAUUCCCUCCCUGCGCAAGUGACAACAUCAAACAGUUUUGCAUGGGCCAAAAGGCGAAAGCAGCCAGAUGUAUUCACAAGGCUACACAGUCAACCCACUCAAUCAAGUAAUCAAAAAUCCAUUGCCUUAGAGCCAUCCAAUAUACUGCACGUGCACGACACACUGGAACCAGAUGGGCAACAAAAUCAUGAUUAUUCAGGCAGAAUCUCUGGUGCUGAGACUGCCAGGCGUCCCACUCGUAGAGAACAAGCACAGCUGCGUAGGCCGGAGUCUUUUGAUUCAUCUGAUAUAUACGAGCCUCAAGAGUUACCAGAGGAUUAUGGCAAUAAGAAGAAAUGCCGGGUUGGAUACUCAGGAACAUUAACAUCUCAAGAAAUAGCUGCAAGACAGCACGACCUACCUCGUCAAGUUCAUAGAUCGCGCUUUUACAUAGAUUAAUGACUCCAAAGUUGUAAGAUCGCUUGUCCUGCUCAUGGAUGAAUGCAUGCUACAUAAACUUUGUGAACAGUUUUGCUUCGACUGCUGAAAGUCUUUCAGACUUCCAAGAAGCUCUAACUAUAUAUUGUGCUGGAGUUUUUUCGAGCUUUGCGACGAUUCUAUACAGAAUAGUGCAGACAGAAAAAAGAGUUUUCUGCAACACAUAACUCCACAGUUAUGAAGAAUUUUGAG